UAUUUAAGAUGCAAACGGUAUGCCGGCAGGCCAUUUUCCAUCUCUCUCUCAAUUCGACCAUCGGAAAACAAUAAAUCUGCUCUCCAAUCUAUUUGAGCCCUAAUCAGCAUUCCUUUGGCCGUAUAUCCCUCUUCUGUCAACCAAAGAUGCUGGAGUUUCGCGCCGGUAAGAUGCACCUCGAGGGGACAACAGUUGUCCCCGAUGCUCGUAAAGGCCUCGUUCGCAUAACCAGGGGUGAAGAGGGACUGACGCAUUUUCAGUGGUUUGAUCGCGCUCAGGACGUCCUCGAAGACGAUCAGAUUAUUUUUCCAGAGGAAGCAGUGUUUGAGAAGGUAAAUCAAGCUUCAGGGAGGGUUUACAUCUUGAAGUUCAAUAGCGAUGACAGGAAGUUCUUCUUUUGGAUGCAGGAGCUAAAUGCUGAAGUUGAUGAACAAUUAUGUAACUCUGUCAACUUCUACAUCAACCAACCGAUUGAGCUCCCUGCUGAAGAUGGGCCUGAGGAAUCUGUUCCUCUUCAAGACUCUGAGGAUAUGGUUGAAGAUGACAUCUCAUCAAGAGCUGGAAACUUGGUUGGUCCCAGUUUGGGUGCUGAAGCAAUUAGUGAUGUUAGCUCCUCUGCUGGACCAGUGAAAUUGGAAGACUUGCAAAGAAUUCUCAGUAGCAUUGAACCUGGAGAUAAUGCUGGAGAUCCAGAUGGAGGGUUCGGGCUUGGGGACAUUUUGAAGCCAGACUUGAUCAUGCCAUUGAUAGGCACAUUGCCAGUGGAACAGCGGUUAGCUUCAUACUUACCUGAGGGGCAGUGGUCUGCUGAGGAAAUUCUGGAGCUGUUUCAGAGUCCUCCUUUUCGCCAACAAGUGGAUUCCUUCUCUUACGUGCUUCGUACAGGACAGAUAGAUCUGUCUCAGUUUGGGAUUGACUCAACCAAAUACAAGUUUACUGUUCUUUCUUUUCUCGAGGCUCUUGAAGAUUCCGUGUCUAGAUCAAGUGACUCAGAUGAAUCAAGGCGUGAUGACAAGAACUUGAGAUCUCAAUCUUGUAAUCAGAACGAUCCCAUGGAUGAGGCACAAUAGUGCUGCACCUUCUUGAUUUACUUGAUUGCUCCAUUUUGUUGGGUUGAUAGAAGAACUCCCCAUUUUUAGCUAGAAUGAAAUAGCCAAAUCAUUGCGAGUAAAAUUUCAUGCAUUGACUAUUGUAGAAAAGAUGGCAUUGGAGUUACUGUGUUGGUUGGGGGUACCUUACACUAUUUCAAUACAAGAAAUUUUGAGGGA